AUGACUACAAGCCCUGACUCAUAUUUCGAUAGUUUCCAUAAGACACCACAAGGAGAAUUCAAAAAUACAUAUUAUAACCCAUUCCACGUUAAACCCAGGAAGAGAACAAGCAAAGAACAAUUAGAAUUAUUAGAGAAGACAUUUGAGACAAAUAUAAAGCCAGAUGCCACCUUAAGGAAGGCCCUUGCGACUAAACUCAGGAUGACCCCCAGGAGUGUACAAGUUUGGUUCCAAAAUAAAAGAGCAAAGGUGAAAAACACGAAGGCACAAGAGAAGAAAGAAGAAGGAAUCGAAUUGGAGUCAUUAUUUAUAAAGAAAGAAACAAAGAAGGAUGACUAUGAAUGCUUCCUGUCUAAUUACAGUGGAUACACUGGGGAUGGACAUUUUAUGCAGGAUACGCAUGAGUUUAAAGAAGAAGAUUUGGAGACUUUGGAUAAAUUAGUGCUUGGGGAGGAGAAUGUGGAGAAAAACAAGAAGAAGAACAAAAAAGAUGAUUAUUGUUCAUUCUAUUCUAUGUCUAAUACUUUGCACUUUGAUCCUAGCAAUUAUCUGAAUUAA